CAAUGCUCUUUGACUGCACUUCGCCCUCCACCACCAUCCCCGGCCGUCCCCUUGCAAACCAGCCAGCCAUGAUGAUUUAUUAAAGCUCCGUGCCUCGAAGUUUUCUGGUCGCUUGGCUGCUCCCGAGACCGUAUAAAAAUCCUUUCGCCGCCGACCGUUGAGCUAUUUUUUCUCUCACGUGCACCACAUCUCUGAAGGCGCCGGAAACAAAAAAUGGUUAGAAACAUUGUCGUCAUUGGGGGCACUUCCCACCCUCAACUCACUCGCACCAUCUGCAAUCACCUCGGUGUUCCAGAGGCAAAUGUCCUUCUCUCCAAGUUUGCCGUCGGCGAGACUCGAGUCGAGAUUCAAGAAUCUGUCCGAGAAAAGGAUGUCUACAUCAUCCAGUCUGGAGGGGGGAAAGUCAAUGACCAUUUGAUUGAACUCCUCAUUACAAUUUCAGCCUGCAAAACUGCGUCUGCGAAGAGGGUCACUGCCGUUCUACCUCUGUUUCCAUAUUCUCGCCAAAGCGAUAUCCCAUAUAACAAGACUGGAGCUCCUUUGGUCAAAUCGUCGACUCACCAGCCGUUCACUUUCGACAGCAUGCCUUCCACACCGCACCCCAAUAAGCCGGAAAGUCAAGGUGUGUACAACGGCGUCGACAGUUUACAAAAAAGUCUUGCAAAAGCUCAAAUAGAAACAGAUGCCAACGGAUCCCCAGUCAAACGACGCCAUAUUGCCAACGGAGGAACACGCAGUGACACUCUUGACUCAGUUCAGUCAGAUGUUAGCAUUCCCAAUGGGGUGAAUAAUGAUGACAAUACAAGCAUCUCCGGCUCCUCGAUCAAGGGCCCGCCUGCCUUUGAACCCCGUCCUGGAUACCGGCAAUGGGUUGCGCAAGCAGGAACUCUCGUUGCAGACCUUCUUACCUCUGCUGGAGCUGAUCAUAUUAUCACAAUGGAUCUACAUGAUCCCCAAUACCAAGGAUUCUUCGACAUUCCGGUUGACAAUCUCUACGGCCGACCAUUGCUCAAGAGAUACAUCCAACGUCAUAUCUCGGAUUUCAAGAAUUGCAUUAUUGUUAGCCCAGACGCCGGCGGAGCUAAGAGGGCCACGGCCAUUGCUGAUUCGAUGGGCGUAGAGUUUGCAUUGAUUCACAAGGAACGACGCCCAACCAAGAUCUCCGACAGGCAAAAUGCCACUAUGAUGCUAGUUGGAGAUGUUAAAAACCGCACAGCCAUUCUUAUUGAUGACCUGGCCGAUACCUCAAACACAAUUACACGAGCUGCAAAGUUGCUCAAGAAAGAAGGUGCUGCAAAGGUAUAUGCUUUGGUUACUCACGGCAUUCUCAGUGGCGAUGCUAUUGAUCGUAUCAACGCAAGCUCCUUAGACAAGGUGGUCGUCACCAAUACUGUAGAUCAAGACGACCACUGCAAGCGUUGCCCUAAGCUUGAAGUCCUCGAGGUUGGUAACGUGUUCGCCGAGGCUAUACGACGUGUCCAUCAUGGUGAAAGCAUUAGCGUGCUAUUUCAAUAUGACUAGUCCCACGUGCCUUCAUUACAUACUUCGAGUUAGCGCUUUCCAAAUUCGAAGCAUCCUAGUUCUCAAUUCUAUGUUAUUCUAAGAAUCAACAGAAUUAUAGAGAGCGCCAUCGUCUUUUACAAGCAAACACUCCAAUGACAUGACCAAGUGCUGGUGUCUUUCCCAAGUAGAAUCUUGGUUUUGCUUAUGCAUUUGCAUACACAAAUUCACGUUUUUUUUUUUUUUUUUUUGAAUUUUUGAGUUUUUUCAUUUUUCAUUUUGGUGCUGGGCUUAAUGAUGAAAUUUCAAAACCGACUGAGUUCGGGAUCCAUGUACAAGUAUUUGAAUAUCAAACAACUACAUUUUUUAUAGAACGGGAGAAGGGACUGGUAUCUCCUUAGUUCGAGAGAU